ACGGCAAUAAAGAUGGAUCGCAAAUAACGAUCACUAAUUACCCAUACAUAUAUCUAUUUUUUUGUUUGGUGUGCGUCAGAACUCGUGAGCCACAGGAUCAAAAGAAUUCACGAUGUACACAAAGGCGCCAUAAACAAGCCAAGUAUGUACAGGUUUACAGUGCUAGAUUCAACCCGAGAAUAAUAGCAGAUAUAUAUAUUUAAAAAAAGUCAUAUACAAAAAAUGUUCAGAUUUUUUCAAUUUUGUUCGUAUUGGAUUACAUUGUUUUGGAUAUAUUUAAACUUAAGUGUUAAAAACUGGGAAAAUGAAAAAUACACAGAAGUUUGUCCACAUCUCGGAAAUAUGUAAAUACAUAAUAGGAUACGACAUACGAUACAUUCGCACUGGCCACGCCUGGUAAUAGUUUAAUUGUGAGAAUGCUAGUGCUAGUGUGACAGUAUGCUGACGUAUAUACGAAGGGACGACUACCGUGACGCACUUGUCAAAUCAUGGUCCAACUCGGCACGGUCAACAGGAUCAUCAAGGCGUACGCGUUGAUCGGAUUUUGUGUGUCCGCGUAUGCUCUGUACGUGGAAAUCUCACUGGAAAAUGAUCCGGAUUUCAAACCACUGUGUGACCUCAGGGAAUACGUCAAAUGUUCUUCAGCAUUUAUUUCGCCAUACGCCAAAGGUUUUGGGAUUGUUAGAUACAUAUUUGGAGAAGAUUCCACUUUCAACGUACCCAACGGACUCACUGGAAUGUUAUUUUACACCCUGUCAUUCGCGUUGAGUUGUUCGGACAGGGAUAAAAUCGUAAACAUCCACUACUAUUUGGCGAUUGCGUCCAACGUGUCUACAAUUUACUUGGCUUCCGUGUUGGUGUUCGUCGUUCAAGAACUGUGUUUGGUUUGCUUGAUCACAUAUUUCAUAAAUGCUAUAAGCCUGUUAUGUGUAUCGUCCAAACGGCGGCAAUUGUUGUUAUCUACGCACCUCAAACCCUGCAAAGACGAUUAAAACAUAAUACAUAUACCUAUUUAUAAAAUAAUGAAUAGCGAU